AUAUCAUAAUUUAUUUCUACUUCCUGCAUCUGCCUAAAGUCUGACUGUUUUGGAUCGUCAUGGCUAAACGUGUUGCUGUGAUUGGAGGAGGAACUUCUGGGCUGGCCUGUAUCAAAUGCUGCCUGGAUGAAAAUCUGGAGCCAGUGUGUUUUGAGACUAGUGAUGACAUUGGAGGACUAUGGAGGUUUAAGGAAAACCCAGAUCCAGAUCGUGCUAGCAUUUACCACUCUUUGAUUAUCAACACUUCAAAGGAGAUGAUGUGUUUCAGUGACUUCCCGAUCCCUGCCCACUUCCCAAACUACAUGCACAACUCCCUCAUCAUGGACUACUUCCGCAUGUACGCUGACCACUUCCAGCUCAAACGGCACAUCCGCUUCCAGACAAAAGUUCUUUAUGUUACACCAAGGCCAGACUUUCCUCACUCUGGACAGUGGGAUGUAGAAACAGAGUCCAAAGAUGGUCAGAGAGAGAAGAAUGUGUUUGAUGCUGUGAUGGUUUGCACGGGACACCACUGUCACCCUCAUCUCCCUCUGCAUGACUUUCCAGGAAUAGAUACAUUUAGGGGAAAAUUCUUCCACAGUCGUGACUACAAAAACCCUGAAGAAUGGCGAGGGAAGAGGGUAGUUGUGAUUGGUAUUGGGAACUCUGGAGGAGAUAUUGCUGUGGAGCUGAGCAGAAUGGCCAAACAGGUUUAUCUGAGCAACCGAAAGGGAUCUUGGAUAUUGAAUCGUGUAGGAGAAAAAGGUGUUCCUUUCGAUAUGAUGUUUAAUAACAGAGGGCUAAUGUUGUUUCUUGGAUGUCUGCCACCUGGAUUUCUUAACAAACUAGGAGAGAAACAACUCAAUAAACGAUUUGACCACAAGCUCUAUGGGCUGCAGCCUGCACACAGAUACUGUGAACACUGGAUUUUCAGCCAACAUCCCAUGGUCAAUGAUGACUUACCAAACCGCAUCCUCUCCGGUACCGUCUCAGUCAGGCCAAAUAUUCAAGAGUUUCGUGGAUCAAGUGUGGUGUUUGAGGAUGGCACUGUUGAAAAUGACAUUGAUCUGGUGGUGUUUGCCACGGGCUACACUUUCUCAUUCCCCUUCCUGUCAACCCAUGUAAUUCCUGUAUCAAAGAACAAAGUAUCCCUGUACAAAUACAUAUAUCCCCCAGGACUGGAGCGGCCAACUUUAGCCGUGAUUGGUCUGAUCCAGCCUCUGGGAGCCAUUAUGCCCAUCUCUGAGAUGCAGGCGCGCUGGGCCACUCGUGUUUUUAAAGGUAUCAAACAUGACGCUGACCUCCUAUAUGCUAAAAAAAUAAAGGUUCUAGCAAAAGGUUCUAUAGAGGAAAUAGUCACUGCCCAGAGACACACCAUCCAGGUGGACUACAUCCCCUACAUGGAUGAGUUGGCUAAAGAAGUGAGUGUCCGUCCUUCUAUCCUGAAGUUGCUCCUGACAGACCCUAGACUGGCUCUGAACGUCAUCUUUGGGCCUUGCACCCCAUACCAGUUUCGUCUUCACGGACCGGGACGAUGGGACGGUGCUCGUCAGGCCAUCCUGUCUCAGUGGGAUCGAGUCAAUGAGCCCCUGAGAACACGCUGCACACCAGAGCCGCAGUCUCAGCGCUCCUCUCUUUCACUCGUAUUCUCGGUGUCUGUUGCAGUGCUGCUCUCUGCUCUGUAUUACAGCAGAGCCAGUCUGCACACACUCAUAGGAGACCCUUCAUUACUCCUGGACAAGAUCAGGGCUUUUAUACCAUGGCCACUGACCAGACAGUGAUCUAUAUGAAUCAGUUGUAUAAAAUCUAAAGCACAAGUCAACUAGGCUAAACUGUAACAAUGACAAAAAAAAAGUAGUGUGUGAAAUUCUUACAUUUUGAUUUAUCAGCAUGUGCCUUAACAUUUUAAACACACAUUUUAUUAUAAAAGUGAUUUUAUGUUUAGUUC